AUGGCCGAAGGAAACAAGAAAUUUACCAUCCAAAACCUCUUCAAUGUUGAAGACUGGGUCGUCGUGAUCACAGGCGGCGCGACGGGCAUUGGCCUGAUGAUGGCGCAGGCCUUCGCCAACAACGGCGCGCGCGUCUACAUUACGAGCCGACGCCAAGAGGCGCUUGAGACCGCCGCGAAGACGUGGGGAACUUCUUUGGCUCAUCCCAAAGGCAAGAUCAUCCCCAUUCAAGCCGACAUUACCGAGAAGCCGAGUAUCGAGAACUUGGUGAAGCAGGUUUCGCAGAAGGAGAAGUAUGUCGACGUGUUGGUCAACAAUGCUGGUAUAAGUGUAGGGAGCAGCUCGGUGGAGAAGGGGCAUGAGAGCGCAGAGGAGUUGGCGAAGGAGCUCUUCAGUGAGGAGCAGAAGAACUGGGAAGAUGUGUACCGGACCAACGUCAUCGGAUACUUUUUUACGACAGUGGCGUUCCUUCCUCUGCUAAGUGCGGCGUCAAAGGCACGUCCAGGACAUACUGCCGCGGUCAUCAACAACACUUCGAUGUCUGGAAUCACCCGCACGACGCAGCACCACUACAAAUACAACGUGUCGAAGGGCGCCGCGAUUCACCUUAACACGCUGCUGGCGCAGGAGCUCCGUCGGCCUGGUGUCAAGGUCCGCGUCAACAGCGUCGCACCUGGUAUCUUCCCCUCAGAAAUGACCACCAACGAGUCGGACGAGACGAACAAGAGCCAGAUCCCUGUUGACGAAAGCUACGGCGAGAAGAAGGGUAUUCCGGCUGGUCGUCCAGGACGGGAGGAAGAUAUGGCGCAGCUCGUCCUGGCGAUGGCCGUGAAUGAGUACUUGUACGGGCAAACUAUCGCGCUCGAUGGAGGUUACCUCCUCGAGCACCCUUAA